AUGGAAUGGGAGGGGGAACACUUCAAGUCCGUGUACCGGGAACUAUCCAACGAACCAACGGGGAUGGAGAAAUCGUACCCGAGUGUUUCGUCUGGUUCCGUCAGUAGUAAUAAAAUCCAAUCCGUACCCACACGUCAACGAUGCUUUUGGUUGUUUGGUCAACUAGUGUCCCGAACAAGGUGUACGAGAACAAAGUUGGUCCCCAAUACCAACCCAACCCAACACGAUGGACUGGGAACGGAAAAAAAAUUCCCGGAUGGUUUUCCCGUGCCAUUCCGAGUAGGUAUUCCUACCAUGUACAUAUACAUGUAUACAUACUAUUUCCUGUACCGACGACAACCACGAAUGUUCCCCAAUACUACGAAUGAUUUGGGCGCGGACGGGGGGGGGGGAAUGGGUCUCGGGUGGGUAUUCCCGCCAAGACGAUUCCGUACGAGGUUGUGGUGGCAGCACACCAAAGCGUGUACCCCAACGAUACGGACACUCACCUUUAACACCGAUUGCCACGGGCGUCCGACGGUACUUGCACGUACUACCCACCGCAUUUACGACAACCACAACCACAACAAACUCCGAUGGAACAAUGCAUCCCGAGUAUUGUCCGAGACGCGACGUUCGCCAGCAGCGGCUUUUCAGUCUCGUCACCUGACGGAAAUCACUUGGUUGCCCGAAGUGCUGCAGAAUGUUUCGGUCUGGGGUGGCAGUGGUUAUCUCCUCAAAGCGAUACACGCGGACGGUGUAGUCCCCUACUGGGCCUGCUUUGCCGCCAUUAACGUAAUGGUCCGGAUCGGAUUGUUUCCGCUCGUAUUGUACGGCGCGCAGACCUCGACACGCUUCGCCAAGGUCGUUCCGGAAGUACAGUUCCUACUAUCCCUCUUUCAAGCCGACUGGCAGCGAUUGCGCCAAAAGAACGCGCCUUUACGCGAACGACUCAUGCUUAUGCGGACCAAUUUGGGGACGCUGGGAGGAAUUUACAAACUGCACGGCAUACACCCCAUGGCCGUCUUUCUUUCCCCCCUCCUACAAGUACCACUCUUCUGGUACGUUUCCGUCGAUCUGCGCAAAAUUGUGAACGGUCUCGAUCCCGUACUGGCACAGCAACUCGUGGAAAGUAGCGUGGCGUGGGUGCCGGAUUUGACCGAAGCGGAUCCGUGGUUCGGAUUGCCCGUACUCGCCGGACUCGUCAUGUACGCCAACGUAGAAGUCGCCAUAGGCCGACGCAGCUUGAGCGGACCCUCCGUGGCCAAGGCCGAUACCGGUGUCUUGCUCAAAGAUGUCUUCCAAUCGCUCGCCGUAUUCAUGCCCUGCUUUACCUCCCAAAUGCCCGCCGGGGUACAGAUCUACCUCGUUACCAGUUUCCUCUUUACGAUGGGACAAAGCGCGGCGCUCCGGACCGAAGCCUUUCGGGCCGCCGUCGGCUUGCCCUCGCUGGCGACCGCCCCGCCGCCCGAGGCCAAGUACGCCAACCAAUUCAUCGCACUCAAACAGCUCGAACAAAAGGCUCGUGAAAUUCGAGGCGACGGUCCCGUUUUGGGAAAAGGCGUCCUCGCGCUCGACCUGGAAUGCUCCUUCCCCGGCACCAACCGACCGAGCACCAUUGUCGGCAGCGGGAUCGAUCCGUGGCAACCCGGGGCCGCCCUGCCGUCGCUCACGGGACCACUGUCCGACCGAGGCCGCGUCGAACUAACGCCGACCAAUCCCGCGGCCUUGCUGCCACCGGGGACGCCACUCGUACACGGGGUGACCGCACCGGUGGCGCUGCUCCGGGAACGAAUGGCUGAGCGGGAACGGUUGGCGGCCGUGGCCAGCGCCGCACCGGCCGAUGCGGACCGUCAGUACAUGCCCCGCAUCGAUGACGAAGUCAUGGCCAAGGCCAACCGUGCGGAAAUGCCCAUCGCGACCCGCAUUGUCGAACGCCGCAACGCCGAUGUACCUCCGUCGUUCAAACGACUCCGUAAAGGCCGGACCGGUAAACGUAAACCCAGCAAGGGUUGAACGUAACACUCACUUUUUUUUAGGAAAAAAACGUUUGAUUUGUUC